AUGCCUGACGGGAUGGCGUUCGACCUCUACGAUGAGCGGUGGCACGACUGCUGGGUCGCGGCCACCUCCGUGGCGAGGGCGCGUAAGAAGCAGAUCGACUUCGACAUAGGGCAGCGGGUCGCGCGACUACUCGAGGAUUACGGGCCCGAGAGCCAGAAGCCGCUGACGUUGAGGAUCUACGGCACCAUGAUCAAGGGCUUCUGCGUGAUCAACAACGAGCGGGCGCGCGCCCUCUUCUCCGACUGCGAGCGCGUGGUGCUGAUGUUCGCGCGGCAGCCCUUCAGCGAGGGGAACAGCAAGAUCCGGCUUCCGGCCGCCAAGCGGCCACGCAUGGAGAGCGCGCUGACGCUGGACCUCGACCUGGCCCGCGUCGAGGCGUCGGAGCAGUUCGACUGGACGCAGGCGCCCCUCGAGGAGGGCGCACUGCUGCGCCUGGGCGGCGGGGUCCUGCAGGAGGGUUUCGCGCUCGCGCCCGAGUUGGCGGGCCUCGGCGACGUCGUCGGCGGCGCGCCGCCG